AUAUCAGUCGCAAUCGUUGGGGAGGGGGCGGGGGCGACCGGAGGGGAGGCGAGCCGGCCUUCCCCUCCCUGCGUUCUCCGGGGUGACUGGAGAAUAAUAUCGCAAGUGACAGCCAGAAGUAGACUUUCUGUCCUCACACCGAAGAACCCCAGCGAGCCGGAGGGAGGGAGGGAAGCCAGGGGACCUUUUUUUUUUUUUUUUUGCCUUUCUGGAGACCUUGUCCGCAGUGAUUUUUUUUUUUCCUUUUUAAGAAUCCUCAGUCACCACCUCGCCUCCCCAGCACCACCACUGUGUACAGCUCCUAACGGGUUUUGCUUUGUUUUUACGAUUUCCCCCCACAACGAAUCACUUGUCAGAUCAAUUUUACCUUCUCCCUCCUCCCUGUUUCCCACUCUCUCCUCCUCCCCCAUCGAAAGCCCCGUUCUCUGAGGUUAGACAUUUUACAAACCAUAUAUGUUAUUUUUCGAACUGUGAUUUUUUUUAACCCCCCUCUCCUAUGGCUACUCUUCUAGACGUUUAUUUCUGCCCUCCCUGCCCUUCCCCCGCUUAGGGGGGCGGGGGUAGGGGAAGAGAAAAUAAUACAAUUUCAGGGGAAGUCGCCUUCAGGUCUGCUGCUUUUUUUUUUUUUUUAAUUAAAAAAAAAGGACAUAGACAACAUCAGUCUUGAACUUCUCUUCAAGAACCCGGGCUGCAAAGGAAAUCUCCUUUGUUUUUGUUAUUUAUAUGCUGUCAAGUUUUGAAGUGGUGAGUUUCAGGUGAUCUUUAGAGAGUAACUGAGUAUGGAUCAUUUGAACGAGGCAACUCAGGGGAAAGAACAUUCAGAAAUGUCUAACAAUGUGAGCGAUCCGAAGGGUCCACCAGCCAAGAUUGCCCGCCUGGAGCAGAACGGGAGCCCGCUAGGAAGAGGAAGGCUUGGAAGUACAGGUGCAAAAAUGCAGGGAGUGCCUUUAAAACACUCGGGCCAUCUGAUGAAAAGCAACCUUAGGAAAGGGACCAUGCUACCAGUUUUCUGCGUGGUGGAACAUUAUGAAAACGCCAUUGAAUACGACUGCAAGGAGGAGCACGCAGAAUUUGUGUUGGUGAGAAAAGAUAUGCUUUUCAACCAGCUGAUAGAAAUGGCACUGCUGUCGCUGGGCUAUUCGCACAGCUCUGCUGCCCAGGCCAAAGGGCUGAUCCAGGUUGGAAAGUGGAAUCCUGUUCCACUGUCUUAUGUGACCGAUGCCCCUGAUGCUACGGUAGCGGAUAUGCUCCAGGACGUGUAUCAUGUGGUCACACUGAAAAUUCAGUUACACAGUUGCCCCAAACUCGAAGACCUGCCUCCCGAACAGUGGUCGCACACCACCGUCAGGAACGCGCUGAAGGACUUACUGAAGGAUAUGAACCAGAGUUCCUUGGCCAAGGAGUGCCCCCUUUCACAGAGUAUGAUUUCUUCCAUUGUGAACAGCACUUACUAUGCAAAUGUCUCAGCAGCAAAAUGUCAAGAAUUUGGAAGGUGGUACAAACAUUUCAAGAAGACAAAAGAUAUGAUGGUCGAAAUGGAUAGUCUUUCUGAACUGUCCCAGCAAGGUGCCAACCACGUCAGCUUCGGCCAGCAGCCGGUCCCAGGGAACACGGCGGAGCAGCCCCCGUCCCCCGCGCAGCUCUCCCACGGCAGCCAGCCCUCUGUCCGGACCCCGCUUCCGAACCUGCACCCUGGGCUUGUGUCAACGCCCAUUAGUCCUCAACUGGUCAACCAGCAGCUGGUGAUGGCCCAGCUGCUAAACCAGCAGUACGCAGUGAACAGACUUCUCGCCCAGCAGUCCUUAAACCAACAAUACUUGAACCACCCUCCCCCCGUCAGUCGAUCUAUGAAUAAGCCUUUGGAGCAACAGGUUUCAACCAACACAGAGGUGUCUUCCGAAAUCUACCAGUGGGUACGCGAUGAACUGAAACGAGCAGGAAUCUCCCAGGCAGUAUUUGCACGUGUGGCUUUUAACAGAACUCAGGGCUUGCUUUCAGAAAUCCUUCGAAAGGAAGAGGACCCCAAGACCGCAUCCCAGUCUUUGCUGGUAAACCUUCGGGCUAUGCAGAACUUCUUGCAGUUACCGGAAGCGGAAAGAGAUCGAAUUUACCAGGAUGAGAGGGAAAGGAGCUUGAACGCAGCCUCGGCGAUGGGUCCUGCCCCACUGAUAAGCACACCGCCCAGCCGCCCUCCCCAGGUGAAAACGGCUACUAUUGCCACGGAGAGAAAUGGGAAACCAGAGAACAACACCAUGAACAUUAAUGCUUCCAUUUACGAUGAGAUUCAGCAGGAAAUGAAGCGCGCUAAGGUUUCCCAAGCACUGUUUGCAAAGGUGGCAGCAACCAAAAGCCAGGGGUGGUUGUGUGAGCUGUUACGCUGGAAAGAAGAUCCUUCUCCAGAAAACAGGACCCUGUGGGAGAACCUGUCCAUGAUCCGAAGGUUCCUGAGCCUCCCUCAGCCGGAACGGGAUGCCAUCUACGAGCAGGAGAGCAACGCGGUGCAUCACCAUGGCGACAGGCCGCCCCACAUCAUCCACGUGCCCGCAGAGCAGAUUCAGAGCCCCUCUCCCACCACCCUUGGGAAAAGAGAGUCUAGAGGCGUUUUCUUGCCAGGCCUGCCGACCCCCGCACCGUGGCUCGGUGCUGCUCCUCAGCAGCAGCCGGCGCAGGCGCAGCAGCAGCCCGCCCCGCCGCCCCCGCAGGCGCAGGCGCAGCAGCCGCCGGCCGGGCCCCGGCUCCCCCCGCGGCAGCCCACGGUGGCCGCGCCCGCCGAGGCGGAGGACGAGAGCCGGCAGAAGGCGCGGCCGCGGACCAAGAUCUCCGUGGAGGCCCUGGGCAUCCUGCAGAGCUUCAUCCAGGACGUGGGCCUGUACCCGGACGAGGAGGCCAUCCAGACUCUGUCCGCCCAGCUGGACCUCCCCAAGUACACCAUCAUCAAGUUCUUUCAGAACCAGCGGUACUAUCUCAAGCAUCACGGCAAGCUGAAGGACAACUCCGGCCUGGAGGUGGACGUGGCCGAGUACAAGGAGGAGGAGUUGCUUAAGGACUUGGAGGAGAGUGCCCAAGACAAAAAUGCUAACACCCUUUUCUCGGUGAAACUAGAAGACGAGCUGUCGGUGGAGGGGAACACAGACCUGAACGCAGACGUCAAGGACUGAGAUGAACGCCUACUCCUCCUCCAUCAGUGCCACCGGUAACAGACUCACGCAGCGGAAAGUCCACCUUGUGCUUGCUCGGAAAACCUUGGUUGUCCAUUGUUUGGCCAAUGAAUCUUCGGAAACUUGCACAAACAGGAAAAGUCGACAAAGGGAUGAUACAGACUGCACUAAACGUUUUACUCUGUUUUACAAACUGCUUGGCAGCCCCAGGUGAAGCAUCGAGGAUUGUUUGGUAUUAAAAAUGGAAAUUUUUGUGUUCACGGGACACACCCAGGUGUGGACCCCGUCAGCAUGAUACCAGUGAUAUUUUUUUUUUAUUAUUAUUACUAUUCUGGAGCCUCAAACAAGCAUUAUAACUUCUGUGAUUAUUAUUUCCUUCCUUUAAUUAUUUCUGUAACACUUCACACUGAUCUUUGGAAACUCGCCCCUUGUUUUAAAAAAAAAAAAAAGAGUUUGUUACUCUAUUGUAUGUUACAAAAGAACUAUAGACUGUGGAAUGCAGUUUAAAGAUGACAUAUGCCAACA